AUGAAUAAUAGUUUUUUAAUAUUUUGUUUGCUUACACUGCUAAUACACAUUAAAUUCUCGAUAUCACUUUAUAAUAAACAGUGGAGUGACAAAUAUGAAAGCAACAAAUGCCCUAAACUGUAUCCUAAGAAUUUUGAUAACCAUAUGCCAGUCGGUAACGUGACUGCUGGCAAUUACACUGAGAAAUCUGAAUUAAAAGGUCUUAGACAAUGUGUUAUGGGAUGCUGCCUUAUAGAUACAUGCAACAUAGUGUUCAUUUAUUACUCGAGGUGCUUCCAUGUGGAAUGUGUGAGCAAUGAGUUGUGUUUACCAUUGCCGAAGGUUGCUUCACGUAAAUGGAAUACACAUGUGUCGAUGAUACUUGUUAAACCUGUUCUUCCCAAUGAAAACUGGUCUGAUAUCUUAGAACAAACAAACUACAGAGAAUCGAAUUCAAAUUUUUCACCGGAGGAAGAACCAGUGUACUCUUAUAGCAAUCAACGUAAUGACAUCCAAGACGAUGAAGAAUCAAAUUUUCUUAACCAUUUCAUCAAUAACUUACCAUCGAUGGAUGACGAAGAACAGCAAAACUUUGAUAAAUACACUGACAGCAACGACAAUGAAAUGAUGCUGGCAUCUAGAUUUCUAGAGAAAGUCUCCUGUGAAGUUGGUGCCGACGAUUGCCCAUUCAAUGCAGAAUGUAUACCGUUAGGUCACAAAAUGCGCAACGGCCUAUGCAAAUGUAUUAUGGGUACAGAAGAGAAUGCUGAAGGGGCUUGUGUUGCUAGAAGACCAUUUUCUAAAGGUCCAACUAUACCCUUGGAAUCAACUAAGAAAAUUGAGAAUCUAGAUCCUGAAAUUAAGUCUAGCAAUCUGAAAUCGGAUCUAUCAUCUCAUCAAAACUUGACGGUAUCAAUAUCAUCUAAAGAGGUCCAGCUACCAGAAGAUGAAGUGACAUUGGCUGCUUAUACAAUUCCAGAUGAAAAAUCUACCAUGAGCCACUAUAACUAUGUAUGGACUCUUGUUGAUCAACCAAAGGAAGGUUUUACAGGUAACAUGAUUCAAAAUGGCGGUACUGUGACUUUAACUGAUCUGACUGAAGGCCAAUACAGGUUCAAAGUUACUGUAAACGGAACCAGCUCAUAUGGGGAAGGUUUUGCUAAUGUGACAGUGUUACCUCCAAAGAGAAUUAACACCCCACCACUUGUGGUAAUCACACCACAGACACAAACUGUGAAACUUCCUAACUCUGGGGCUGUUUUGGAUGGUAGUGCUAGCAAGGACGAUGACGCAAUAAUAUCUUGGCACUGGGAAUUAUCAGCUGGGCCCAUAAGCUAUCAAACUCCACUUCAAGACGGACCAACUUUAGUUCUGAAAGAUUUGAAACAGCCCGGAAACUAUACAUUUAAACUGACCGUUGAAGAUUCUGAUCAUGUAAAGAAUUCCACUACUGCUAACAUCACUGUACUUAAUCACACGGACUACCCACCAGAGGCUAACGCAGGUCAAGAUGUAAUUAUAUAUCUUCCGAACAACAAUCUAACUUUAAACGGCAGCCUGUCGACGGAUGAUCACGAAAUAACGUCCUGGGAAUGGACCAAGUCCGCUGCUGAUGAAAAUAAAGCUGUUGAUAUGCAGAACACACACUCACCAUACUUACAGUUAUCCAACUUGUCGGAAGGGGUGUACACGUUUGUAUUGAAGGUGACCGAUUCUUCGGGUCAAUCGUCGACUGCUGAGGUGCAUGUAUUCGUUAAACCUCCAACAAACACGCCGCCUGUAGCUGACGCCGGGCAGGACGCGUUCGUAUCCCUACCACAAACAUGGAGCGUGUUGAACGGCUCGAGUUCCCACGACGAUCAUCGUAUAGUCGCGUACACAUGGCGCUGUCUGUCCGGACCUACUAACUCUAAUAUCAUCAAUUACAACGAAUCCGUCGCUAACGCUACGUCACUAACAAAAGGACAAUACAUUUUCGAGCUGACUGUACUCGACGAUAAUGGGAACUCAGCGACCGAUGAAGUUAUGAUCACAGUUACACAAAAUAAAAACAGUCCACCGAAAGCUGUGGCGGGUGGGGAUAAAAUAUUAAAUCUACCAGUACCGGUGCUUGUAUUAAACGGGUCGCAGUCUUCGGAUGAUUUCCGCAUCGUGUCAUAUAAAUGGACGAGAUCCGCGUCAGGGCUCGCUGCCGGUACAGUCAUCAUGAAAUCAGAUACAACGCCCGUUCUUAUGUUGACAAACAUUGAAGUGGGAAGAUACGUGUUCGAGCUGACUGUAACUGAUGACCAGGGAGAGUCAGACAGAGACACGGUCAGCGUACAAGUGAAGGCUGACCCUUUAGAGAUGAAACUCUUAGAGAUGACCUUGAACAUACCCAUCUCGAGCUUCACCAAGAGCCAGCUCGACUCACUAGUGCAGAAAAUGAACUUGUUACUCAAAGAUGGAAUGUCCGUGAAUGUUACAGAAAUACGUGGAGAAGUUGAUUCUGGGAACACUUUGAUUAUAUACUUCUUGACGGAAAAGGGUGUUCCAAUGGACGGUAUAGAAGCGUUAUCCCAAUCCCGUAGUGCAGCUAUAAGUGCGGGUGCCCGCCGCGUGCGCUCUUUUCGAUGUUUAAGCGCGUGCUCUGGUCGUGGUGUGUGUGACCAAGCGACGCGUACGUGCAGAUGCGAUGCAUUCUGGAUGCAGAGCUUACUUACACUCAUGCAACCGGACGCUCAGCCCGACUGUGACUGGUCGGUGGUAUAUCUAUCCGUGUGUGGCGUGGUCGGUCUGUGUGGAGCGUGUGCGGGCGUGUGGGCGUGUGGUCGGGCCGGAGCACGCGCCUGCUCCCCGCCACGACCGAGAGCACGUGCUCCGUACAGACUACUACCGCUGGCUGAACACGAGGAUAAGCCAUUCGCUAGCAAAGAGGUAUUAUCAGACACGGACAACGACUCCGACGUCCUCUACGAGACAAAAGCUAAGAUGACGUCCUUCGGCCGCACGUGGAACGGCGAAAUAAGCAACGGAUGGAAAAACGGACACGCCAAGAAUACAAGGAGAGUUAAAACGUAG